AUGACGCUGGAAACUAAAGACAACAUCUCGAAGGACAAUGUUCCAGAGGAAGAUACGUCUCUCGGCCACAGCAAGUCCAUUACAGGACACACACAAGUGCUGCGAAAGAACUUCUCCGUCUUCUCCGUCCUCGGCAUAAGCUUCUCCCUCGCCAACUCAUGGUUCGGAAUCUCGACAGCCCUCGUCACGGGCAUAAACUCUGGCGGCCCCGUACAACUCGUCUACGGCAUCAUCCUUAUAACCGUUGUUUGCACCGCCAUCGCGGUGUCGCUCUCCGAGCUGGCUUCGGCUAUGCCUGAUGCGGGCGGCCAGUACUUUUGGACAAGUCAGCUCGCGAGUAGGCGCUGUAGCAGAUUCUUGUCUUACUUGACCGGUUGGAUUGCGUGGGCUGGCGCUCUCUUCACGUGUGCUAGUAUUGCACUCGGUGUUGGCGGUUUGGUAAUGGGUUGUAUUCAGAUGGCUCACCCAACCUUAGUCAUCAAACCCUGGAUGAACUUUGUCAGCUACCAAGUUGUGAACUUCUUCUGUGCCCUGUUCAACAUCUCCAGUACUGCCCUCCCUGGCGUAACAUUCUUUACGUUGUGGACCUCAAUCAUUUCCUUCCUAGUCAUCAUACUCACCGUGCCAUGCAAAGCCGACAUGCAUCAAUCUGCAAAAUUUGUCUUCUCCGAGUUCGUCAACAACACAGGAUGGCCCAGUGAUGGAAUCGCCUAUAUAGUCGGCCUCAUCAACUGCAACUGGGCCUUCAACGGGCUUGACUGUGCAACCCACAUGGCUGAGGAAGUUCUCAACCCAGAGCGUACCAUCCCCAUCGCAAUUCUUGGUACUGUGGGUGUUGGCUUUGUGACAGCCUGGCUGUUUGGCAUCGCCAUGCUGUUCAGCAUCAAAGACUUUGAUGCCGUGAGUAGCACGCCCACUGGAGUCCCUAUUCUUGAGCUUUUCGACCAGGCGCUAUCUAACAAGUCCGGGGCUAUUGCACUGUGCUCCUUGAUCAUACUCACUGGCUGUGGCUGCUUGAUCGCCUCUCACACCUGGCAAGCUCGCCUCUGCUGGUCUUUUGCCCGGGACAACGGUCUUCCCUGUUCCAGAUACUUGAGUCAGAUACAGCCGACCCUCCGUGUUCCAAUUGUGGCGCAUGUGGUCAGCUGCAUUAUCGUUGCCAUUCUUGGUUGUCUUUAUCUUGCUUCUUAUACUGCUUUCAAUAGCAUGGUCACGGCUUGCGUUGUUCUUCUGUACGCUUCCUAUAGUAUCCCAGUCGCUUGCCUUCUUCUGAUGGGUCGGUCCAAGCUCAAACGUGGGCCGUUCUGGAUGGGCAAGGCUGGUAUGGCCUGCAAUAUCGUCCUCCUCAUAUGGUUGGCGUUCUGCACGGUGAUGUACUCUUUCCCACCGCAGUAUCCGGUCCAGGGUGACAAUAUGAACUACGUAUGCGUUGUUUACGCCGUCACAUUCGCCGUUCUGAUCUCCUGGUGGUAUGCUAGCGCUCGUGUCAGCUACCGUCCCAUUGCCAGCGCGCAGUAG